AGGUGAUUACCCAAGUGAGUGACAGUAUUUCAGCUUCGGUCCGAGGCAGAAAUGCAGUCUAAGAAACGAGCCAGUAAAGUUUUGGCGAAGACUCUGGCUGAGUAGUUUUCUGAUUUCCUGAACAUCAAAGCUGUAAGAUGUCAUUUGGGCAGUCCCUGACAACUCUCCAUACUCCAGUGUUCACAGUGGAUUUACAGACAGUUAAGAGGAAUGUCAGUCAGAUGAAUCAGAGGUUCAAGGCUAUGGGAGUGAAACUUCGUCCACAUAUGAAAACCCACAAAACAGUUCAAGGUGCUGAUAUUAUGACCGGUAGGACUCGUAGAUGUAUUGAGGUGUCAACACUGGCUGAGGCUCAUUUCUAUGCAGACGCUGGAUAUGAUGACAUCUUGUAUGCCUACCCACUGCCCUUUGACAAGGUGGAAGAUUGUGCUGCAUUGUCAGAGCGCCUGGAGAUAUUUCAUGUACUGAUCGAUAGCCAAGCAGCCCUUGAAGAGCUAAGUAAGAGGAGACUGAAGGCUGGCAAAUCCUGGCUCGUCUGGUUGAAAGUGGACUGUGGUAAUGGAAGAGCUGGGGUAAGAUCUGAAGAUCCAGAAUCCAUGGAGCUUGCGAAAAAUAUUACUCUGACAGAAGGCGUGGAGCUGGUGGGAGUGUAUGCGCACUGUGGCAACAACUAUUACAGCAAAGGAGUGCAGGAGAUCCAAGCUGUUGCCAAGGCAACGACCAAUGUGAUACUAGACUUUGUGGACAGGCUUAAGGAAGCUGGUGUGAAAUGUCCGAAUUCAAGCAUUGGUUCAACUCCCUCUUGCAGCCACCCUGUUGCAGAGAUGGCUAAGCUUACCGAGGUCCACCCAGGCAACUACGUGUUUUAUGAUGCUCAGCAGAUGGGAAUUGGCUCCUGCACGAUGGAAGAUGUGGCAGUUCGAGUACUGACUAGGGUUGUAGGCCAUUAUCCCCAUCGAAAUGAGUUGUUGAUUGACUGUGGCUGGACUGCACUGAGCCUACAUAGCUUGGGGAAGCUUCCAACUGGAUAUGCUGUCAUUGAAGGCCACCCAGACUUAAAGUUGACAGCAAUGAGUCAAGAACAUGGUCACAUUCAGCCAGUGUCUGGAGAGAUCGACUUCAAGAGGUUCCCAUUGGGUAGCAUUCUGUUUAUCAUCCCUUAUCAUGCAUGUGCUACAGCAGCUAUGCAUUCUGCAUAUUAUGUUCACUCUGAUGGAAAGGUCGUUGAUGUAUGGAAGCCCACCAGAGGCUGGUGACAAAAUGUGUACAGAUGAACUAAGGCCAGUCUGUGAAGAAGAACUGCAUCAUCAUCAGUGGGCUUUGCUGCCAUGAGACUGUCAUCACUGAAAAGAAGCACAUCCAAAUAAGCAAUCUACUAAUAGUGCAAUUGGUUUUAUGUCUUAGAAUUCUUAAUAUUGGUUACAAACUACUCCAGUUUUAUUCCUUGUGGAAGGCAUUGUUUCACUGUCUUGUUUACCAUCUUGACCUAACAACUAAAGUAAAGCAGACAUUGCUUGGAAAUACAUCUGUCAAACUGCUGUAGAUUUAAACCAUUGCUGGGCUAUUCUGUGCAGCAAAUUGGUAUGUUUCUAAUUACUGUGGACCUGAAAAGUAUUUCAUUGUAAUUAAGAGCAGCUCAUGCAUUUGCAUUCUUUGACUAGCGUGAAACAUUAUACGACUACAUGACAAUAACAUUAUGAUUAUCUUCUGCUUAUUAAAGCUCUUUUAAUCCA